CCCAGGAGUAAAAGUCCGAGUCCCGCCCCGGAGUCAGAACCUUAAGGCCGCCGCCGCCGCCUGGCAGAGUUCUUGCGGCUGGCUAUGGGGCUCUGAUAGCCAUGGACGGCUACAAGGGCUUUCUGGGGCUGCUGGUGUCGUCGCUCCUCGUCGGCUUCCUGUCCGUGAUCUUCACCCUCAUCUGGGUCCUCCACUACCGGGAGGGACUCGGCUGGGAUGGGACCGCGCUCGAGUUUAACUGGCACCCGGUGCUCAUGGUCACUGGCUUCGUCUUCAUCCAGGGCAUCGCCAUCAUCGUCUACAGACUGCCAUGGACCUGGAAAUGCAGCAAGCUCCUGAUGAAGUCCAUCCAUGCAGGGUUACACACCGUUGCCGCCAUUCUCGUAAUUAUCGCUCUGGUGUCUGUUUUUGAUUUCCACAAUGCCCUGAGUAUCCCCAACAUGUACAGUCUACACAGCUGGGUCGGACUGACGGUUGUCAUACUCUACAUCUUACAGCUUCUCCUAGGGAUUUUCAUCUUUCUGCUUCCUUGGGCUCCGCUUUCCCUCCGAGCAUUUGUCAUGCCCAUGCAUGUCUACUCUGGGCUCCUCAUCUUUGGAACGGUGAUUGCCGCGGUGCUUAUGGGAGUGACUGAGAAACUGUUCUUUGCCCUGAAUAGUUCUGGAUACAGUAAGUUCCCACCAGAAGGUGUUUUCACAAAUACCCUCGGCCUCCUGAUUGUGGUAUAUGGGGCGCUCAUUUUUUGGAUAGUCACCAGACCACAAUGGCAACGUCCUAAAGAACCAAAUUCUGUCCUGCUUCAGCCAAACGGAGGCGCUCAAGAGGGAGCCGGAGGCUUAACCGUCAACUUUAGCAAUGUGGACACACCAGAUUCAAAAUUAAACCACGAAGCCUCAGCAAAGAAAAGAAACUUCACUGCUGAUGAGGUUGGCCAGAGAUCCACCAUGUAAAAUGUUGUAGAGAUGUGGCCCAAUAACUUCACUUUUAAAAACCAGCCUUCCAGUUUAACUUCUCCUGUUUAGCCCCAAGAUGAUUGAGCUCUGCAGUCGAUAUUUAUUUUAAUCAUAAAGUAGGAUUCCUUGGAAGAGUUUGUAUGGAUUGAGGCCUAUGAUCUUACCUGAAUUGGAAAGGAGACGAUCUGUGUAAAUAGUAGAAGAUAUAAAUGGUGGUUAUGUUACUUCUUUCUUAUCAUGGACCAAAAUAUUUAGCACAGUGCCUUACAUAGAACAGAUAAUCAAAAUGUGUCUCUCCAAAACAAACAAACAAAAAACUUAAAAAAACCAAAACCAAAAACAAAAAUAUGUCUCUCAGUUGGUAAAUGUCAUCAGUUAGCAGCAUCUCUGGCCUCUUGUCAUGAAGUCAUUUCCUGUUAAUUCCAGGAAUCCAAUCCUAAUGUUUUAGAAUCAGAUCUGGGGCAGGGUUUAUACUACACAGAUAAGGAGGAGAGUGCAGAAAAAUUCAGGAAAGUGACUGGUUCCCUUCUCCCAGUGACUGUCCCCUGUUAUCUAUCCCCCUCACUCAUUUGAGCUCAGAUUGGCCCUGGAGACCAGGGUUUGUAUUAGAGCAUUUUGGAGUGAUGACUGAGCCAAAGGUAGCUAAAGAAAUCUUCUCUUGUCAGACCUGGAAGUUUUUCCAAAACUCCACUGCAUCUCAAAGUUUCCUUGGGGUUUGGUGUACUUUCUAAUCCAGAUUCCAAAACCUAAUUAGUAGGGACCAUGCCUGAAAACAUAUGUAGCAUAAACUGUUCUCCACACCUCAAAGGGCACUUUUUCCCAAGUUUCUGGGUUUUUUGUUUUUACUAAAGAUUUUGUUUAUU